AUGUCUGGAGUGAUAGAUUUGGGAAUCGAAAUAUGCUGCUCAAAACCAGUUAUGUUUGAAGUUGAUAUUCCGAUGACACAGUUCAUAGUGAACAUGAACAACUCCAUGCCUUCGUCUCAGAAAUUCAUAAUCCAUGUACUUGAUAGUACUCACUUGUUUGUGCAGCCACAUGUUGAGAAGAUGAUUCGCAGCGCCAUUGCUCAGUUCAGAAAUCAAAACUCUUACGAGAAGCCUACUUAA